CAGCGCUGCUGGGGAAGGUACGCUUCUCUGAAAGAGGAAACAAAAGGAGGACUCUACGCAGAACUAUUCUCACUUUUAAAUUCAAUAUAUAGACAACUGCAGAAAGUAGAAUUCAAAAUGACAAAAGGAAAGGAUCUUAUUAAUUUCUUAAGGACAGCAAAUUUUGGAAAUCUUUCCUACCACAUGAAGUGACUGAGCGAAAAGGACUGCAAAAAGCACAAGUGGACCUCUCCAGCUCAGAGUGUGUGUGUGUGUGUGUGUGUGUGUGUGAGCGUUUUUUAAUGGACUUCAAUGACUAGGACUGAGGAUCAGAAAAACCACCAUGACGAAAAACAUCUCCACCACGUCCGCCAACACCACCGUCCAGACUCCAAACAGCUCCUUCUUUCUCAUGAGCGAGACGAAAACCACCCCGGUGCCCUGCGUGGAUUAUGGCGCUCUGCAGACCCCGCUAGCGGUGCUCUACACUAUCAUCUUCGUCCUGGGUCUGGUUGGGAACCUGGUGGCUCUGUGGGUUUUCUUCUGCGUUCACUCCAAGAAGAACUCUGUGCGGGUGUUCCUCAUGAACGUGGCUUUUGCCGACCUGCUGCUGGUGGUGUGUCUGCCCUUCAGGAUCCUGUAUCACAGCCGAGGAAACAGCUGGACUCUGGGACCCACCCUGUGUAAAGUGGUGGGGAACCUCUUCUACAUGAACAUGUACAUCAGCGUCACGCUGCUGGGGCUGAUCAGCGUGGAUCGCUACCUGAAGAUCCAUCGAGGCGCAGGGGCACAGCACAGACUACGCUCCACCAGGUGGAGCUCCGCCCUCUGCGCGGUCGUUUGGAUCGUGGCGUUUGCUUUGACGCUGGUGCUCCUGAUGUCCAAGAACCACUCAGAGUUGGACAGGUGUUUCCACUACAAGCCGCUCCACGAUAAAAAGUGGAAAGCCUACAUCAACGUCUUUGUGCUGGUCGUCUUCUGGCUCGUCUUCGUCUCUCUGGUGGUGUCUUAUGGAAAGAUCGCCCUCAAGCUCCUGAGGACGUCACAGGAGAAACCGGACCUGCCCAACGCGUCCCGCUAUACCCGAACCGCCAAAAAGUCCUUCUUCAUCCUCUUCCUCUUCACCGUCUGUUUUGUCCCCUAUCACGUGGUCAGAGUGUUCUACAUCAAAACGCAGAUCACGGACACGUCGUGUUCCUUGCAGAACGUGGCUGACAAAGCCAACGAGGUGGCUUUGCUGUUUUCGGCCCUCAACAGCUGCCUGGAUCCUGUCAUGUACUUCCUGUUGUCCUCGUCGGUGAGGAAGGAGGUGCUGCGCUUGAUGAGCGGCGUGUUUUGUCUGAGAGACGUCGGCGGGGUCAGCGGGAGCAGCUCCACAGCGGAGUUGGACGGUAAGAGGACAGACAGAGGACAGGCCAACGUCAGCUUGACCAGCCAUCUGAAGGAGAAGACUGUGACUGAGUCCAGCCAGGGGACAUAACGGCGCUCCGAGACACUGAGACUCGCGUUUUACAAAGUAAACAUGCUGCUGAGGAACGGCGGCAGAGACAGGAGAGAGCAGUCGAACAUGUGCAUCUGCUUGUCGAGUUGAUGACGGCUGAAAUUUUGCAACCCGGCUUAAACUGCAGGAACUAAUGUUUCAGGAGAAUCCUGAACGUCCCGUCUCUUCAUGGACAGAGAACAAAUGACCAUAAACCAAAAUACCGCCGCACCAACACGCCCUCACUCCAAACUCGCCACAUGGCGCCACUCUGUCAGGACCUUCUGCAUCUAUGAGAUUUUAGGUAUCACUCUACGUCGGCUGUUUACGCUGCGGGAGGCCGUUACGAUGAUGUCAACAAAUGCACGCUUUUGGCGGAUGAUAUCACAGUUGACCUUUGACCCUAAUGGAUAUAAAACUUACAUUAUGUACACAGAAAUGUAUGUGAAAGGAAUUUUUGAAUUAUGGCUAAAAACAUGUUUUUGUAACCGUGACCACGACCUUCGACCCCGAGAUCCUAAUCGAAGCUUGUGCCACAUUGGAGGAAAUCUCUGUCCUCACAACAAUAAGACGGAUGCAAGGUCGCAGUGACCUUGACCUUCGACUGCCAAAAUGUUGCUGUAACAAAAUUCCAUGACCUGGUAAAAAUUUCAAGAAUUUUUACUAAUUCCAUGACUUUUCCAGGUUUUCCUUGACCAUAGGAACGCUGUGAUACUGAGAUUUCACACAAAAAUUAAAACAACUAUGAUGGAAAUCUAUUAUUUUGUCUACGGUACGAGUGAUAACUAUAACGAUGUGAGCAUCCUGAUGAGCGAUAACUUUUUUAGCUGAGGUGCCGAGAACACGCGGCGCCCUCCAGCUGGACGCUCCGCAAAUUUGGACAAAUUCUGAUCGGCUGUCAGUGUUUCUAUCAAUGAUCCAAACGAUGAUGCUUACUAUAAUAACAACAAUAAUGAUGAUGCCAUAAUAAUAAUGAAAGAAUAAAUUAAUA